AAGACAUAAAGGUGGGAAAGAGGGAUGAAGGGCUAAAAGGCCGUCUUUGGGAACUUGAACCAAUAUAAAAUCACCCUCUCAAUUUGCUUGGCCAUCAAAUUCAGCAAAACCCCCCAUCUUGAAUUUUUAACUCCCAAAGCUCAAUUUUCAUUGGCUUUUAAGAUCUGCUUUGAACACCUCAGUUUUCCAAGCACCUCAUUUCAGUCACAACCCGCCACAUCCACCACCUUUCAAAGAGCUCUCAAUUCUAUUGUGAAAAUGAAGCUUCUUAGUUGGAUGCAAAAUAAGCUUAAUGGGAAACAAGGGAACAAAAAACCACACACAGCUUCAACUACUAAUCAUGUGAAACAAGAGCCCCGUGAAGAAUUCAAUGAUUGGCCCCAUGGGUUGCUAGCAAUUGGAACCUUUGGAAACAAUGAUUUAAAAGAAAAUUUUGAAAGCCAAAAUACCCAAGAGGGUCCCUCUUCAUCUGAAGAAAUAGUAGAUUUUACUCCAGAAGAAGUAGGAAAGUUACAACAGGAGUUGACAAAGCUCUUACGUAAACCAAAUGUGGAGAAGCAAAUUGUUGAUCUUCCAUUGGAUAGAUUCCUUAAUUGCCCAUCAAGCUUGGAGGUUGAUCGAAGAAUUAGUAAUGCUCUUUGUAGUGAUUCAGAUCAAAGAGAUGAAGAUAUCGACCGGACAAUUAGUGUCAUACUUGAUAAAUGUAAAGACAUUUGUGCAGAUAAUAACAAGAAAGUGAUUGGGAAGAAAUCAAUUUCUUUCCUUCUUAAGAAAAUGUUUGUUUGUAGCAGUGGCUUUGCACCAGCACCCAGUCUGAGAGAUACACUUCAAGAGUCAAGAAUGGAGAAGCUUUUGAGAGUAAUGCUUCACAAGAAGAUGAACCAUCAAAAUAAUGCUCGGCCAUCAUCUGCAAAGAGAUAUCUAGAGGACAAACAAAAGCCAAAGAAGGAAAAAGAUGAUGAACCGCGGAACAAAACCAAUGAUGGAUGCAAAUGGGUCAAGACAGAUUCUGAAUAUAUUGUUCUAGAGAUAUAAAUCUGCUUUGAUCUACACUAUCACUUCACUUACAAGGAUUCAAAUGUUUAUGGAUUGGGUUCUAAGGAUCUCAGAUAGUUGGGAUUACAAAUCAUCAAGAUUCAUUUUAGUGGUGGCUCAUGAGAGGACUACAAAUUGGCUGAUCCAUAUAUAUAGUUUUCUUUCUUUUGUUGACGGUGCUUCCCCUUUUUUUCAUGGUUGUAUCUGUGGAUAAACACGGUACAGUGCAUGUUAUGAAAUAUCGUCAAAAGGGUUUCUGUAGCUGUACUGGCAAAGCUAGCAUUUAUUUUACAUUUUUCAAUCUAUUUUACUACACCUUUUGUAAGAUAUUUUAAGGUGAAUAAUAUUAGAUUGACAUGGAAUCAUGGAGA